CAUUCAUUGAUUCAAUCAAGAUUCACAAAAGAACCCUAAAUUUCAUUCUUCUUUGAUAUUGCUUUGAGAUUAUUGUCUUUAAAUCUGUUUUGUAUAAUGGGUGAUACCCAAAAAGAUAUAGAAAUUCCUUCAUUUUUUGUAUGCCCGAUUUCUUUAGAAAUCAUGAAGGACCCUGUAACACUCUCUACAGGGAUUACAUAUGAUCGAGAUGCCAUUGAGAAAUGGUUGUACACUUCAAAGAAUGGAACUUGUCCCUUAACCAAACAAGUCCUUACCGAUGUAGAGCUUACUCCCAACCACACCCUUCGCCGAUUGAUCCAAUCUUGGUGCACCAUUAAUGCGCCAUUUGGCAUCGAAAGAUUCCCCACGCCACGCCUUCCGGUCUCCAAAUCGCAAAUCUUGAAGCUUCUACAAGAUUCAAAGUCUCCAAGUUUGCAGAUGAAGUCUCUGAAGAGAUUAAAAACUAUUGUUUUGGAGAGUGAUAUGAACAAACGAUCAAUGGAAGCAGUUGGAGCAGCUGAUUACCUAUCUUACAUCAUAAGGAACCCAAGUAGUAAUUUGACGUCAUCAUCACCGGCGGGAGAAGUUUCCGGCGUUGAUGGAUUUGGUAAUUUGCUGACGGCAGUCGAUGAAGCUGUCAGCAUCCUUUACCACCUUCAUUUGUCACAAGCCGGCCUUAAGUCGUUGUUUGGAAAGACUGAAGAGUUUGUUGAGGCAUUGAUUCACGUGAUGCAACGAGCCGCCAAUUACGAGUCGCGCACUUACGCCGUAUUAUUGCUGAAAUCGAUGUUUGAAGUGGCGGAGCCAAUUCAAGUGAUGUCGUUAAAGACCCACGUCUUCAUCGAGCUUACACAAAUCUUGGCCCAUAAAAUUUCCGAAAAAGCCACGAAAGCUGCACUGAAAAUACUCAUCGGAGUUUGUCCAUGGGGAAGGAAUAGGAUAAAGGCGGUGGAGGCCGGUGCAGUUUCCGUACUAAUCGACACCCUCCUCGACUCUACCGAAAAGAGGGUUUCGGAGAUGGUGUUAAUACUGUUAGAGCAGCUUUGCAAGUCUGCCGAUGGCCGUGCCGAGCUGUUGAAACAUGGUGCAGGAUUAGCAGUUGUUUCCAAGAAAAUCUUCCGUGUUUCAGAGGCGGCAAGCGGGAGGGCGGUGAGAAUACUGCAUUCUGUGGCGAUGUUUUCCGGCAACACGAGUGUGAUACAAGAGAUGCUGCAGUUGGGGGUGGCGAGGAAACUCUUCUUGGUGGUGCAAUCAAGUUGUGGUGGCAAGACCAGUGAGAAAGCUAUGGAGAUUCUUAAGAUGCAUGCUAAGGCUUGGAAGAAUUCAUCUUGUAUGCCCUAUCACUUGAAUUCUUGGUAUCCAUCUUAAUUGUUAGCAUACUUGUGCAGGAAUUGUACGGUUUCAAUUGUAUAAUAGUUUUAAAAAAGAACAGUUACAAAAAUUAAGUACCGGUUUGAAAUCAUGCGGUACAAAAAGAUGAAUUUGUCCUUCACAUUCAUUGUUCUUGGAUCAUGUUUUUGAAGAUUCGGCACCUAAACAGGUGCAAUUUUAGCUUAAUUAUGGUCCAUCGUGCAUUGAUUCAC